AUGCCUGCUCGCGACGGCAUCAACGACCUCGACACGCCGUACCCGGUCGUCGAUGCGGACCCGCACUUCAAUCGCGUCAUGAGCUACAUGCGGCCGUCCGAGUACGCCCUGUGGGCCGCGGGCACUGCUGCUUUCCCCGCCGCCAUCUACGGUCUCGAACUCGCCGACCCGUCCAGGCUCGGCCCUCGCGGCCUGAGGCCCACACUCAAGAUCGCGACCUGGCUCGGGUUCGCAGGCGGCUUCCUCCUUGCGUACCAGACCACUUCCUUGCGCCUUUGGGGCUGGAGGGAGAACGAGCGCGAGCAGGUCCGCGACAAGGAGGAGCUCACGCAGCUGGCCAAGGAGGGCAAGCCUCUGUACGGCGAGAGCGACUUGCCUCCGUACAUCCAGGGCGUCGCGCACAGGAACAGCUUGUGGUCGCAGAUCAGGUUCGGGAUCAUGCCCUGGUUCAACUUUGUCCACCACCCCUACCACGGCACCGACCAGUCCAAGUACAAGGAGGAGUAG